UUUUUUUUUUUCUAUAAUAAUAAUAUGGAUCGACUUUCUAUUUUACCAUCAGAAACAUUAUGGCAGGUAUUAUCUUAUCUUACAGUUCACGAUCUUUCUUGUAUACGGUUAGUAAGUAAAAAGCUAGCUUUAUUUGCUGACCAUCCUUCUCAUUGGCGACACCUUCAUUUGGCACCACCUCAACAAUAUGAAGAAGAACAAAAAGUCGUCUCCUUCUCGUCAAGUUCACUCAAAUUAUGGAGUUUGAAGGACCUGCAGCGUUUGAUCGGGCCACACCGAAGAAUCAUUGAAUCUAUCCAAAUUUGGGGAGUGCGUGACAACAUUGUACGGUAUAUUUUAUCACACUGUGUCAACUUGACUGAUCUGACUUUAUGUGGGUGGGCGACAUUAUCGGAUCAUGCAUUCAAACAUCUUCAUCCUGAAUUGAAAUUACAUCGUCUCAUGUUGGUAGGUGCUCAAGAACAACCAAAUUAUACAGCUAUGGAUGCUACCACUUUGGCUCAUUUAUUGAUGCAAUGUCCUCUCAAAGAACUUUCUCUUGGUUGUCAAGUUCAUAUUCAUGCUCAAACUUUAUUGAUGGAAUUAAAUAAACAACAAUUACCUUAUAAAUCUUCUAAAAAACAUAAUCUUUCUUUAUUCACCAAAUCAAAAACAACAAAACCACCACUUCAUUUACAACGUUUGACUCUGGCUACUCGUCGAACUUGGUCUACAGAACAUGUCAUGGCUUUAUUUGAUACUUGUCCUUCACUUCAUCAUGUUUGUUUAUUCCCUGCUGCUGCUGCUGGUGGAUUCGAUUUGGCUCAAACAAAGAAAAUGGGGGAAAUCAUGGAUCAUCAACAGGAAUUACAAAUGGAUGGUGCAAUGGAUAUGAUGAUUCAUCGAUCGACAGAAAGAACAGUGGAAUGGCUCGCUUAGUUCCUUUUAUUAUUAUUAUUAUUAUUAUGAUUCCAGUUUUUUUGUAUACCUGUACUAUGUUGGUGAUUUCUUUUUUUUUUUUUU